GCAGCGGACAGCACAAUGUCUAAUGGUCAGGAAACGGCGUGUCUGAACGGCGAACCGGCGCUCAAACGCUCCAGAGACAGUCUGGAUUCACUGCGGGUCCCGCGGGAGCCCCAGAAUAAAGUGACCGUAGUGCUGGGCGCGCAGUGGGGCGAUGAGGGGAAGGGGAAAGUGGUCGACCUCUUGGCAAUGGACGCCGACAUUGUAUGCAGAUGCCAGGGUGGAAAUAACGCGGGACACACUGUGGUCGUGGACUCGGUCGAGUAUGACUUCCACCUGCUGCCCAGCGGAGUUCUCAACAAAAAGGCCACUUCCUUUAUUGGAAAUGGUGUUGUGAUACACCUGCCAGGACUCUUUGACGAGGCAGAGAAGAACUUGCAGAAGGGCAAUGGACUUCAAGGAUGGGAGGAACGACUGAAGAUAUCUGACCGGGCACACAUUGUGUUCAACUUCCACCAGGCUGUUGAUGGCAUACAGGAGCAGCUCAGACAACAGCAGGCAGGAAAAAAUUUGGGCACAACUAAGAAGGGUAUUGGACCUGCAUACUCCUCCAAAGCAGCACGUAAUGGACUGAGAGUGUGUGAUCUGGUCUCCGACUUCUCUGUCUUUGAAGAAAAGUUUCGGGUGCUGGCUGGACAUUAUCAGACCACUUAUCCUAAUCUUAACAUUGACAUUGAUGCUGAGCUUCAGCAGCUCAAGAAUUUUGCUGAAAGAUUACGGCCACUAGUGACUGAUGGGGUUUAUUUCAUGCACAAAGCCCUCACUGGACCAAGCAAGAAGAUUCUGGUGGAAGGAGCCAAUGCUGCUUUACUGGAUAUUGAUUUUGGGACCUACCCCUUUGUGACCUCAUCAAACUGCACUGUUGGAGGCGUCUGCACAGGUCUUGGCGUCCCCCCAUCUCAUGUUGGCCGUGUAUAUGGAGUGGUGAAGGCCUACACCACCAGGGUUGGAGUCGGGGCAUUUCCCACUGAGCAGAACAAUGAAAUUGGAGAUCUGCUGCAGAGCAGAGGGAGGGAAUUUGGAGUUACAACAGGCAGGCGGCGGCGCUGUGGGUGGCUGGAUCUGGUUUUGGUUCGCUAUGCCCACAUGGUUAACGGGUUUUCAGCCAUUGCGCUGACUAAGUUGGACAUUCUUGACACAUUGCCUGAAAUAAAGAUUGGCACAGCCUACACAGUUGAUGGAAAGCCUCUUCCCAGUUUUCCUGCAAACAUGGACGUGCUCACAAAGGUUCAGGUGACUUAUGAGACGUUCCCUGGCUGGAGUUGUAGCACUGAGGGAGUGCGCAGCUUCGAUGAGCUGCCUACACAGGCACAAAGCUACAUUAAAUUUAUUGAGGAUUUUCUGCAAGUGCCAGUGAAGUGGGUUGGUGUUGGCAAGUCAAGAGAAAGCAUGAUCAAGCUGUUUUGACGAGGGCGAAGGGACAGGCUGAGCUGAUGGUCAUGGACUGGUCUGGCACGACAUUUAUCAUCAUGACCGCUGGAGCACCUGAACUGGCUUUUAUGCAUCAGCGCUGAGAUGAAGACUAACCGUGGGUUUAGAAUCCACUGAAUGUCCCACUCAAAGUGAACACCAGCAUUGUGUAUAGGGGUCAGAUUUGAGCACCAGACCUGCUUCAGUGCAUUUGUAAUUGCUUGAUUCGUUCCUGUUUGUUUCCAAAGCGCAUCCCAGACCUGCUCAGAACAUACCUCUGCUAAUCAGUAGUAGUCUGCCGGUAAAGUGAUGAGCUCCCAACUGAAA